CAGGGAGCUACCUGUCUGCCAAAUCCUUCUUAAUUGUGUUUAAAAUGAUGAGUUUAUAAAUUUAUAAACCCUGCAUGACCAGCUCAGCCUCCUUUUUCUUUAUCUAACUGUCAAUGAGAUUUCCUCAAGUGGUACAAAACACUUGCAAAUGUUAAUAAACACACACACAAACACACAGCUUGUAUACACACAGUGUGUUGAAAUCUUAAUUGUCUUAAUGCACUCCCUCCAUUGUAGUCUUGAGGAUGAGUACAUAUCAUGUACAUAGAGUUAACACAUACACUCCUUUGCAGUUUCCUCAUUAGGGUGGACCCUAAACACCGGUCUUUAAGUUUCAACUCUGCUGGUGGUGACAGCUGGGACUGGCACACAUACACUCUCCCACACACACCCAUCCUCCUUCACUCCCCCACAAAGUCCAGGAGCCGCCCUGGAGAUGCAUCUCUAUAAGAGAUCACAGCUGGCCUCAAAGGUGCCAUCCUCGUCUGGACAACUCUAAGAGUUUCCUGCAGUGUCCUCUCUGGGUUCAUCUCAUCUCUGUAUCCAUCCGUCAUGUCGCUCUCUGUUCGCACGACAUCCUCCAAAGUUCCCAGGACUGUGACCUCAAAGUCCAUUAUCACCAAGAGUCAGGGUGGUGUCUUUCCACAGAAAGCCCACAGCGUGUAUGGAGGUAGUCUAGGAGGUGGCACCCGCAUCUCCUCCACCUCACUGCAGUCCAGAAUUGGAGGAUUUGGUGGAGGAUACGGUGGGGGAUAUGGUGGAGGAUACGGUGGAGGAUAUGGUGGAAGUUAUGGUGGAGGAUUUGUAGCAGGCAUAAUGCCUGGAGGCUGUGUUGUAAAUGACUUUCAGCUGAAUGAGAAGGCCACCAUGCAGAACCUGAAUGACCGUCUGGCGUCCUACCUGGAGAAGGUGCGCUCACUGGAGGCUGCCAAUGCCACUUUGGAGAGGCAGAUCCGCGAGUACUAUGAGAAGAAAGGGCCGAUCGCACAGAGGGACUACAGCAACUACUGGAACACCAUCAAGGACCUGAAGGACAAGAUUAAAAAUGCUACCAUCAACAACGCCAACAUCCUCCUGCAGAUUGACAACUCUAAACUGGCUGCUGAUGACUUCAGGCUGAAAUAUGAGCAUGAGGUGGUGAUGCGGCAGUCUGUGGAGGCUGACAUCGCUAACCUGCGCCGCUUGCUGGACCAGACAGCCCUGACAAAGACUGACCUGGAGAUGCAGAUCAAGGGUCUGGAAGAAGAGCUGCUAUUUAUGAAGAAGAACCACCAGGAGGAGCUGGCUGCACUGAGGGCACAGCUGACAGGCACAGUGAACGUAGAGGUCGAUGCUGCUCCUCAGCAAGAUCUGAACAAGGUUCUGGAGGAGAUUCGUGCUCAUUACGAGAACAUCAUUCAGAAACACCGCAGGGAACAGGAAGACUGGUUUAAAAACAAGACAGAAGGAUUGAACAAAGAGGUGAUCCAUAGCACAGAGAUCAUACAGACGUCCAAGUCACAGGUCACAGAGCUGCGAAACACCUUACAGAGUCUGGAGAUCGAGCUACAGUCUCAACUCAGCAUGAAAGCAGCACUGGAAAACUCACUGGCAGACACAGAGGCUAGGUACAGCGCUAUGCUAGCAGGCUACCAGAACCAGAUCAACAUGCUGGAAGCCGAGUUGGCUCAGUUGAAAGCUAGCAUUGAGCAACAGGGACGAGAAUACGCCUUGUUGCUGGACAUCAAGACUCGUCUGGAGCAGGAGAUCGCCACCUACAGGAGCCUCCUGGAAAAUCAAGACAUUAAAACUCAAAUUCCAGGUGGAUUCAUCUCAGGUGGAUCUCAAUCCUCUGGUGGGUCCCACAUUAUCACGUCUGGGGGAUCUCAGUCCUCUGGUGGGUCCCACAUUAUCACAUCUGGGGGAUCUCAGUCCUCCAGUGGUACCAAGAUUAUCAAAACUGGUGGACCAACAGUCCAAAUAAAGCAAACCACCUCCACUUCACACCGUACUUACUAAAGGCACAGCAUGUCGUUUAGUGAGACAGUAUUCAAACACAUACAGACAUUUCAUAUUAAAUGAGUGUUAAUACACAGAUUGUUACAAGGAACAUCGAAAGACACUCACUGCUGUGUUUUUGUAUGUGAGAAAAACCUGUCUUUGAAAAUAA